GCCAUCUGCUAUUGGAAGAAAACAAUAUUCUCCGAGGCUCUUGACAGGCGACGCGUUAGUUAUUUGGAAGCAAGCAGGGUAAAGAAACAAAAAUAGUUUUGGCCACUGGAACACAAGUAAAGGUGCGCAACAGGUGUUCCGCAUACUGCGGACGGCAGACGAAAAAAGCGGAUAACUGAGUCACACCGUCGGGCAAAACAUAGAAAGCAGGUUAGUUUAUCACUCCGAUGGGCUACAGGAUAAUGGACAGAGUUAUUCCAACAUGUAAACGCAUCGCGUAUUGAAAUGUGCAGCUUAUGAACUAAAACGGGUUCUGCUUUGACCGUUUGGCUCUGGAAAAAUGUGGAGCGAUAACUGAACUUUCCAGCUAAACUAACGGAGACUGAGGAGAACUGAGACUUUGUUAUACAAUGCUGAGCCCAUCCUCACGGUGAACGGGUUUGAGCUCAGCUCAGGCAACCAAAGGAAGGAGUCGUCCGGUCUGCAGCAGUCAUGAUCGUAGAGGGGGAGAGGACGCUGCUCGCUGCAAGGCAAGGUGAUGUGCAGACGCUGAAAUUGCAAUUAGCGGCAAAAGAGCUCACCAGCGACGUCAAGGAUGUGCUGGGGGCUUCACCGGUCCAUCACGCAGCCCGGGCCGGGAGACUGGCCUGCCUGCGCUUCCUAGUGGAGGAGGCAGGACUCCCGGCCACCUGCCUGGCGAGCAACGGAGCAAGCCCGGCGCAUGACGCAGCAGCCACCGGCAACCUAGCCUGCUUACAGUGGCUUCUGACACAGGGUGGAUGUCGGCCUGAGGACAGGGACAGCUCGGGUGCCACUGUUCUCCACCUUGCAUCCCGAUUCAGUCACCAUGAGAUCACUGAUUGGCUGCUGAAGAGUGGUGAGGCGGACCCCGGGGCCUCCACUGAUACAGGUGCCCUACCUGUUCACUAUGCUGCUGCCAAGGGAGACCUGUCCUCUCUCCGACUGUUACUGGCGUACAGCCCAAGUGUUGUUAAUGCCCAAACUAAGAAUGGUGCCACACCGCUCUACCUGGCAUGCCAGGAGGGUCAACUGGAGGUCAUCCAAUACCUGGUCAAGGAUUGUGGGGCAGAUCCAAGCAUCCGAGCCAAUGAUGGGAUGACACCACUGCAUGCUGCUGCCCAGAUGGGCCACAACACUGUUAUUGUCUGGCUGAUGAGUUUCACGGAGAUCAGCCUGGCAGACAGAGAUAAUGAUGGGGCUACGGCCAUGCACUUUGCAGCCAGUCGUGGCCAUGCAAAGGUGCUCAGCUGGCUGCUGCUACAUGGUGGAGAGAUCAUCACUGACAACUGGGGAGGUACCCCACUUCACGACGCUGCAGAGAAUGGUGAAUUAGAGUGCUGUCAGAUCCUCAUGGUCAACGGGGUGGACCUGGGCAUCAGGGACCAGGACGGCUUCACAGCAGCAGACCUGGCUGAAUACAAUGGCCACACCCAGUGUGCCAAAUAUUUGCGCACUGUGGAGAACAUGAGUGUGGAGCACCGUGUUCUGUCCCGGGACCCCUCACUGGACCUUGAGUACAAGCAGCCAGACUCGGGUCUGUCGUCCCCAAACACCACCAUGCCCCCUGCUAAUCAGACAGCACACUUUGGCAUCAGUUCCCCAUCGAGCUCCCUGUCCAACUACGACUCAGCCAACUCCAGCCAGUCCAGCACCGGAGAGAAGAGGAGCAGCUUAACUACAUCACGAGGCCCGCCUACUCAGCUGAGCACAGUUGCUCAUUCAGGUGUGUCAGAGUCAGCCAUUUCUGACAUGCAGGCGUAUAUGGACAUGCUAAACCCAGACAUUGGCUCUGAGAUGCCCAAGAAGAAUGAGAUACAGUCUGAUGCUGCCUCCAAGCCCCCGCCACCACCGGCCUAUCCGCCCCCGCCUCCCCCACAGUCUGCUCCGUUGCCCCCUCUACCCCCGAGCUACCCAGCACCACAGGCCCCUCAUGAGGUGUCAUCAGUUGAGUUCCUGAAGGUGAAAAGCAAUUUGCGGCACGUGGAGGACAACAGUGGCAAAAAGGAGCUACUUGGUCCUGGAGUAAACCACGAAAACCUGAUACGUGUGGAUUCAAACAGGAAGUCAAGGAGCUUCAGCAAGAAACCUAGCACUGGGGACUACUAUAAGACCCUGGGCACUGACACGGCUGAGCGCCACGGGAGCAGAAGCAUGGCACCUAAUGAAGAGGGCUCCAUGUUACUGGAGGAGGCUACCAACAGCUCCUCUCACAGCUCUCAGAAUGGCACCACACAAGAACCUGUCCCUCCACCACCUCCGCCACCUCCUCCCCCAAGCAACCCGACGCCAACACCCCCUCCACCUCCUCCGUUGCCCCAGGAGAUGCCAAGCACUCAGAAUAAUGCUAGCACCACUCCAACCAACAACAACAACCAGCGACGCCCAUCUUCCUCAUCAGGAAGCACAAAGUCAUUCAACAUGAUGUCCCCCACUGGCGACAACUCAGAGCUGCUGGCAGAGAUCAAAGCAGGGAAGAGCCUCAAGCCCACCCCUCACAGUAAAGGCUACACCACUGUCUAUUCCAACAGUGGACCCGCAGGCAACAGUGUAGAGACACACACAUCUAGCCCGCCAGCCAAGCUGCCAUCCCCUUCACCAUCCAAUCCGACUGUCACCUCUCCACCCACCACCCCAAGUCCAAGCCCCAGUCCUACUCGUUCUGGAUCUGCUGGGACCAUGUCAACCUCUGAGAGCUCAGAGCAACUGUCCUCCAACUCUGUGAUCAAUGGGACCAGUGGUGGUGGCACAGCAGGAGCAGAGUCAGGGCAGAAGACUAGCCUUGCAGAUGUGGAGCUGCUAGUGCCCACUCAUGAUGAACAGGGAAAACCAAUCCCUGAAUGGAAGAGGCAGGUGAUGGUGCGAAAGCUUCAGCUCAAGAUGCAAGAGGAGGAAGAGCAUAAGCGCAAGGCUGAGGAGGAGGCAGCACGUCUAGCAUCAAUGCCCGCCUGGAGGAGAGACAUGAUGAAAAAGAAAAUGGAUGAAGAGAGGGAACAAAAAAGAAAAGAAGAAGAGCAAGCCAAACAGGCCAAGGAGAUGGAGGAGAAGACAGAACUGGAACGACUACGAACCCUGGGCUAUGACGAGACCAAGCUGGCCCCUUGGCAGCGACAGAUCAUACUCAAGAAAGGGGAUAUAGCCAAAUAGUGACCUGGGCCAUCCCCCCCUCUUAUGUCCCGCAGCAUUCCCCACCUGCACACGCCCACACCCAGGCCUUCACUGAACACCGCUGUCAACCUCCAGAACCACAGGAGCAUGCUGUUGCUGCUGCUGUCCACACAGGCUCUGAUGGUCAUCUUAGGGGAAACACAGCAGUGUGACCUUCUUUCUCCAAUUGAAAGUCUCAUGGACACAAACUGUUGGUUGUUUAACAAGAGCUGUGGCAGUUCUCCUGCUUAAAACACUUACUAUAAAUGCAUGUGUCCUGAACUAAAUUAAAUUUACUUGUAGUAUACAGUAUAUCUAUUUGCUGUCUUGCAACUCAGUAGAAGCUAUUUCAUACAGGAGAUUUAAUAAGCUUUUGAUAGAUUGAAGGGAUUGCUUGUGAACAUUUUGCCAUCAGGAAAAGCAAGGUUACUGCAUUUAUAUGUAUCUUGUAUUUGCCACAAUCACCAUUAUGUAAUGAAAGGAAAAGUAGCUCCAUAACAGAUUGGUAAUAUAAACAUGGCAUUCAGUAAAGGCUUAUUACAACAUGAAGCUGCAAUUUCAUUCUGUAUGUAGACAGUAUCACAACCUUAUCAUGCUCUGUACCUAGUCAUUAUAUUUUUGUAUCAGGUUCUUAGAAGCACUUCCUAAAUUGCUUCUGUUUACUGCCAGAGUUGUGAUCCUAACACUGCAUAGACUAAUGUUUCUUUGGAUAAGGCUGUUGUCAUUUAUAUACACAUAGGAUAUGUCCUGUUUUAAAUAAUAUAAAGAUUAGGUAGCUGUGCAAAUCAAAAUUGAUCAAUUGUCACUGGAAAAAACUGAAAUGUUCCAAUUUAAUUGUUCUAUAUUUGUACUAAAUGUUAAGCUAUUGUGAUCAUGAAUGUGAAAUGUUGUCUGUAGGUGUUGCAUAAAAACUAGGGAAAAACUAAAGGAAACAAAGAUACAGUGUAUGACUAUACUCAUGCUAGGUUAUUAUUUGAACAUGGUGGUUUUUCAAAAACAAUACAUUCAGAAUUGCAGAGCAACAAAUUACUUGUCUGGAUACUUAAUACUGUAAAAGUAGAGAAAGCAAAUCUCUUUGUACAGUGUCCUGUUCUGGCCUUUGUCCCACUAACCUGGAGGAUACAAUUUUGAUGAGCAGAUCUGUUUACAGAAAGCAGUGCGCUCUCUCUGCCAGAAACAGCCUGACAUCAGCUGUUCGCUAGUAUUAGGAAUACAUAGCUUUAGUAUUCGACCUGAUAUCUUUAUUCAAACAUCUGAUUACAAAAAAGAACAGUAAAGAUGUUAUACAAUUAACUCUAGACAUCUGCGGCAAAAUAUUAUACAACCAAUUUAUUUACAGUUUUUCUGGUCUAAACAGUUCAAGAUGAUCAAGAAUUCCUGGGAUUCACAUAUUUGCUGGACAUUGUUUCAUCAAUCUGGGGCUAAUUAUAGAAUUAUGGGGAAAAUGUGUUGAAUAUUUUUGGUGGAACUGAACAGAUAUGCAGAUUUGAACUCUCAGCAAACCAAAUCUGCAAGCAAAUCUGUGCACUGACAGUUAAGAGUAACUGGAACUCACAAUGCUGGAUGUCUUUUUCAAAAUGUUGCAAAUAAGUAUUCCCACAUAAUGGUAAAUGUUUACUACAGUUAUGAUGGAUGCACAGUUUUAUUAAUGUAGGGUAUUGAGUGUACACAUGUCAUAAUUAAAGACGUGGUCUUGGUUGGGGAAUUGAAUAUUCAAAUUUACUUUUCAUCAGAUGCCAUAUGAAGCUGAAAUGGAAAAAGUCAUUGCCAUUUGAGAUAUAUAGAUAUAUAUAUAUGAACUCUGUAUAUAGUGAUAGUGACCCUUUCAGAACUUGUCAUUUCAUUUCAUUCCUACAUUAUAUAUCAUGUCUCAGCCUUUGUUGAA